AUGUUCUGGCGUUUCGGCGGAUAUGCUAACGUUUCUACCAUCGAUACUAUCCUCGACAAAGAAAAUGUUACCUUAGAAGAGUUAUUGGAUGAGAGCGAUCUCAUACAAGAAUUAAAACAACACAAUUCAAAGCUGAUUGAAUAUCUACGUGAAGACAAGAUCUUAGCAAGGCUUUUGGAAUAUGUGGUGGCCCCUAAAUCGGAGACUGUCGCAUCUGAAGGUCCUGGAGCGGAAUCGAAAGUAGUAUCUGCUUCACCAAACUCGAGGGGCAAAAGUCGAUCAUUUUCCCUAUCUCGCCAGUCUUUUGAGGACGAUGGUGAAGAAAAGGAAAAGAAACGAACUCGCUAUGCCUACGUUGCAGCUGAGGUCUUGUCCUCGGACAACUGGUCAAUCUGCGAGGCAUUAAUGGAGAAUCAACCUCUGUUGCGCAAGUUUUGGGAAUUCUUAAACCUUCCUGCGCCUUUAGAUCCUUUACAAGCCUCUUAUUUUACGAAAGUCAAUGAGGCUCUUUUAGAUAAAAAGACUGAGGAGAUGCUUGAUUUGUUGAAGUCAAUAGAUGGUACAGUCAAGAGUAUGCUUCGACAUGUGGACUCCCCUAUGAUUAUGGAUCUUCUUUUGAAGAUAAUCAGUCUGGAGAAGGCCGAAGGAGGAGCUGGAAUUGUCGACUGGCUGCACUCGCAAGAUUUGAUGCCCAUCCUUCUAUCAUUCCUAUCAUCUGAACAUAGCUGGGCAACACAGACUUCGGCGGGUGAUUUUCUCAAGGCAAUUAUCACUAUUUCAGCCAAUGCUUCGCAAAAUGAACAGUCAUGCAUAGGACCAAAUGAGCUUACUCGCCAGCUUGUCUCUCAGCCAUGUAUUGAAAAGUUAAUUUCUGAUAUGCUAAAGGGUGGAAAUCCGUUGACUGUCGGAGUUGGUAUUGUUAUCGAAGUCAUUCGGAAGAACAACUCAGAUUAUGAUCCGGAGGUUGGAGCUGAGGCAAAUGCAGUACCAUCCAGUCGCGAUCCUAUAUAUCUCGGGACUCUUUUGCGAAUGUUUGCCAAGCAUGUUCCCGAUUUUAUGGACCUCAUCCUCAGCCCUAAUCAUACCGUUGGAGGAGGUGAUGGACCAGUAACAAUACAAAGAAAAGAGUUGAGUGCUGCCUUUGGUGGAAAGAUUGAGCCACUUGGAUUUGAUAGAUUCAAGACUUGUGAGCUCAUGGCGGAACUUUUGCACUGCAGCAACAUGGCCUUGCUGAAUGAGGCUGGCAGUGAAGAGUUUGUCAAGGCGCGAGACGUAGAGAGAGAACGAUUAAAGGCCGAGGGAAAGUUGAACCCAUCGCCUACGGCCUUAAUGUCCGAAGAUGACCUUACGAUGAAAUCCUCCACACAAACACGACUGGGCUCUCCAGAUGGUUCUAGGAAGUUGGAGGUUCAGAAUGCCUCUGAUGAUGAUGGAUUUGAGGAAGUUACGCACGCUACAGAACUUGGUGAUGAUGCCAAGGAUGAUUUUGAUGAGAAACAUGAAACCGAAGAAACCCUUCUUAAUUCUGCACAACCACCCAUUUCCUUCCUCGACAAGGAUGACGAGGAAUUUGUUGAUGAACCUUUAAGCUCGCCAAGGCUACAACCACUUUCCGAUGAUCAUACUUUGCAAGAACCAGACAUGGCUGUCCUCCCUCUUUCUCCGACCAAAGAACUUUCUCAACAAGUUGGGUCUCUAGGGUUUAACGAUGAGGAUACGACUAUGACAUCUCCACCUUCUUCUAUUGAUACCAAUGUCCUUGAUGAUACCGAAGAUUCUUCUGAUGGUUCUCACAAACAUACCCCAGAAUCCUCGGACGGCUCUAAUGAAGGCCAGAAUGUAGGCAUGGAAUUACCCACUGAGUCUUCAGCACCUACAGAAGAGAUUCCUCACGCUGCAGAAGUUAUUCCUCUCCCUGAAGACACUCCUGCACCUUUAUUUUCCAAAAAGGCAGGAUUAACGGAAGAGACUGCUGGUUCGUCAACUAUCGUUCCUGGUGAUGGUAACAUGAAUCUUGACAGCGUCGACACUACUAUGGGUGAUGCUGGAGAUAGCAACAACUCCGUGCUGAUGGGUAAUACGGAGGAGCAUUCUCAAGAGCGAACUACGGAAAAUACAGGUGGUCCAGUAGUUGGAGAUUUUCUCAAAAUGCAAUUUGUUAAACAUAAGGUUGUACCAACUAUUUUGGAUUUUUUCUUCCGAUUUCCUUGGAAUAACUUCUUACAUAAUGUCGUAUAUGACGUUGUACAACAAGUAUUUAAUGGUCCUAUGGAUCGUGGAUAUAAUCGAUCACUUGCAAUUGAUCUCUUUGAAACUGGAGACAUCACAAUGAGGAUUGUCGAUGGUCAAAAGAAGAGUGAUGAGGCACAACAGAAGAACAAGAUGCGACUUGGUUAUAUGGGUCAUCUUACACUUAUCGCUGAAGAGGUUGUGAAGUUUACAGAACGACAUCCCCCGGAGCUCUUAUCUGAAUCAGUUUUAGAAAGGGUCAUGAACGGUGAUUGGAUUCCAUAUGUUGAGGUUACUCUAGCAGAAACUCGGGAGCGUGACAAUGCUAUUCUUGGGGGAGUUAGACCAGACAUGGCAGUCGGUCCGCGACAAGCAGUCAUGAAUGCAGUAAAUGCGGCCAACAAUUUCGGAAAUGCAUCAUCUGCCCUUGCCGACGCUGGCCUAAAUGGUUCAACAGCUCUUGAUAGCAUUGACCUUGCUAACAACAAUGGAAAUGGCAACAGCUUUAUCACUGGAGGUACAUUAUUGAGCGGCUUCGGAAGUUCCAGUGAUGAAGAAGACGAUGAAAUGGAUGAAGAUAAUGAUGAGGAAGGAAAGAAUAGUGGUGGUACAACGGCAGAAGUGGGUCAUUCUGUUCCUCCAUCAGCCCCCAACCUUGAUAAAUUCGACGAUCUAGAUGUUGAUUAUGAAUAUUUGGAGCAACUCGAUCGCGAAUCACCUCUGUUUCCUCAAGAAAAGGACGAGGAUCUCGAUCAGGGUAGUUCUUAA